AUGCAGGCUGCAGCUGUGGAGGCGUCGCAUCAAACAAAGGAAGUCUCUUUUCUUCGUCCUGAAAUCCUGAAUGACAAAAACCUCAGUGAUGUCCUUAGAGUCGAGAACGAGAGUUACCCUCAAGCUUUGGAGGACGAGUUCCAUCGAUGUUUUCCUGACAUCAAUGAAAGCAAAUUCAAUUACAGUCUUGCCAGGAAUCCCUUUUACAUUGCAGUCGAGGUCGUCCCUGAAACCAGCAGCAGAGACCCAACACAGCAGCAGAGACCCAACACAGCAGCAGAGACCCAACACAGCAGCAGAGACCCAACACAGCAGCAGAGACCCAACACAGCAGCAGAGACCCACCACAGCAGCAGAGACCCAACACAGCAGCAGAGAACCAGACAACAGAGACCCAACACAGCAGCAGAGACCCAACACAGCAGCAGAGACCCAACACAGCAGCAGAGAGACCCACAACAACAGAGACCCAACACAACAGAGACCCAACACAGCAGCAGAGACCCAACACAGCAGCAGAACAACACAGCAACAGAGACCCAACACAGCAGCAGAGACCCAACACAGCAGCAGAGACCCAACACAGCAGCAGAGACCCAACACAGCAGCAGAGACCCAACACAGCAGCAGAGACCCAACACAGCAGCAGAGACCCAACACAGCAGCAGAGACCCAACACAGCAGCAGAGACCCAACAAGCAACAGAGACCCAACACACAGCAGAGACCCAACAUGCACAGAGACCCAACACAGCAGCAGAGACCCAACACAGACCCAACACAGCAGCAGAGACCCAACACAGCAGCAGAGACCCAACACAGCAGCAGAGACCCAACACAGCAGCAGAGACCCCAACACAGCAGCAGAGACAGACCCAACACAACAGAGACCACAGCACAGCAGCAGAGACCCACACAGCAGCAGAGACCCAACAUACAGAGACCACACAGCAGAGACCCCAACACAGCAACAACAGCAGCAGCAGAGAUACAGCAGCAGAGACCCAACACAGCAGCAGAGACCCAACACAGCAGCAGCAGCAGAGACCCAACACAGCAGCAGAGACCCAACACAGCAGCAGAGACCCAACACAGCAGCAGAGACCCAACACAGCAACAGAGACCCAACACAACAGCAGAGACCCAACACAGCAGCAGAGACCCAACACAGCAACAGAGACCCAACACAGCAACAGAGACUAACAGAGACCCACACACAGCAGCAGAGACCCCAACACAACAGCAGAGACCAACACAGCAACAGAGCAGAGACACAGCAACAGAGACCCACAACAGACCCAGAGACAACAGCAGAGCAGCAGAGACCCAAGACCCAACACAACAGCAGAGACAACAACAGCAGACCCAACAGAACAGCUACAGCAGACCCAAACACAAAGGGGAACAGGAGACCCAACGCAGCAGCAACAGCAGAGACCCAACGCAGCAGCAACAGCAGAGACCCAACACAGCAGCAGAGACCCAACACAAUAGCAGAGACCCAACACAGCAGCAGAGACCCAACACAGCAGCAGAGACCCAACACAGCAGCAGAGACCCAACACAGCAGCAGAGACCCAACAGCAACAGAGACCCAACACAGCAGCAGAGACCCAACACAGCAGCAGGAGACCCAACACAGCAACAGAGACCCAACACAGCAACAGAGACCCAACACAGCAACAGAGACCCAACACAGCAGCAGAGACCCAACACAACAGCAGAGACCCAACACAGCAGCAGAGACCCAACACAACAGCGGAGACCCAACACAACAACAGAGACCCAACACAACAGAAGACCCAACACAGCAGCAACAGCAGACCCAACACAACAACAGAGACCCAACACAGCAACAGAGACCCAACACAGCAGCAGAGACCCAACACAACAGGAGACCCAACACAACAACAGAGACCCAACACAACAGAAGACCCAACACAGCACAGCAACAGCAGACCCAACAGAACAGCUACAGCAGACCCAACACAGCAGCAACAAACAGCAGACCCAACACAGCAGCAACAGCAGACCCAACACAGCAGCAACAGCAGACCCAACAGAACAGCUACAGCAGACCCAACACAGCAGCAACAAACAGCAGACCCAACACAGCAGCAACAGCAGACCCAACACAGCAGCAACAGCAGACCCAACAGAACAGCUACAGCAGACCCAACACAGCAGCAACAAACAGCAGACCCAACACAGCAGCAACAGCAGACCCAACACAGCAGCAACAGCAGACCCAACACAGCAGCUACAGCAGACCCAACACAGCAGCAACAAACAGCAGACCCAACACAGCAGCAACAGCAGACCCAACACAGCAGCAACAGCAGACCCAACACAGUAG